AUGUCCGCUCCCAGCCGUCUGCUCGAGGAGGCCGAUCCCCACACGCCCACAGCUCCACCGAAGCUCUUCACCAACGCAGACGACGCGGUAGCAGUCAAGGGCGUAGGCAAUGGCCUACACAACCGCUCCUCACAGCGGAAGACCCGCAGUCUGGACUACAGCUUGCGAUCUCUGCUCGCGGGAGGGAUAGCUGGAUGUGCGGCAAAGACAGUAGUCGCGCCCCUCGACCGCGUCAAAAUCCUCUUCCAGACCUCCAACCCACAAUUUCAAAAAUAUACAGGCCACUGGUCAGGUCUCUUCCGCGCCAUCACCGACAUCAACACCUCCGAGGGUCUGCGCGGUUUGUACCGAGGGCACUCCGCUACUUUGCUUCGCAUCUUCCCUUACAGUGGAAUUAAGUUCGUUGCGUACGAACAGUUCCGCGCGACGUUUAUACCGAGUCGGGAAUAUGAGACGGCCUGGAGACGAUACCUGGCCGGGUCGGCGGCGGGAGUGACGAGUGUGUUCUUGACUUACCCGUUGGAGGUGAUACGGGUGAGGCUGGCAUUCGAGACGAAGGUUGAUUCAGCCGGGAGGGCGAGUCUGGGAAGGAUAUUCAAGCAGAUCUACCACGAGCAUCCACCUCAAGUACGAAGCGCGAGCGAGGGCGCAAUUGCGGCAGCAGAGAGUGUAGUGCAGAAGGCGGUACCGACGAGUGGGAUUGUGAACUUCUACAGAGGGUUUGUGCCGAGUGUGCUGGGGAUGCUGCAGUACGCGGGCACUAGUUUCUUGGUGCAUGAUACUGUGGGAGACUUGUUUCGGCAUCCGAGCAUAGCGAAGCAGACGCUUCUGCGGCCAGAGGAAGCGAGUCUGCUCGACGCGAAUGACAACACUACACCAACCCAACAGGACGACAAGAGAUACCGCCGCCCACAAUUGCGCGCCGGCGCAGAACUCGCAUCAGGUGCCAUAGCAGGCCUGGCGUCUCAAACGGCGUCCUAUCCGCUGGAGAUAAUAAGGAGGAGGAUGCAAGUUGGUGGUGCCGUGGGCGACGGGCAUCGAUUGACGAUGGCAGAAACGGUGAAAAGGGUGUUCUUGGAGCGUGGGUGGAGGGGCUUCUUCGUCGGAUUGAGUAUUGGAUAUUUGAAGAUCGCGCCGUUAACGGCAACGAGCUUUUUCGUGUAUGAAAGGGGGAAAGCGUAUUUGGGAAUUGAGUGA